UGAAUUCGGAAAAAGGAUUGCUUUGCUAUUUUUCGGUGGCUGCUUAUCUCUUUGUCUUUAAUUUAGGCCAAACAAAGGCUUGGGAAUUUGAAGUCAUUCCUUAUUUGAGUCAACAAGUGAACUACCAGGAAGAAGUUUCCUGUCCAAGAAUCCUGAGAUGGUUGUCGGCCAAAACUGAUAAAAAUGCAAAAUUUAUUGAUCUUUUCAACCCUCCAAAUGAAACAAUUGUCCAUCUGUGGCUUGUUUUGACCAACCGAGAGUUGAAGAUUCCAUUUUUUCUUACUUUACGGUCUGUGGAAACUUUAUCGGACCCUAAUAUCGUUGAUGGAAUAAAAAUGAAAUUGUUUGGAGCAACAACCAUCAGAAGAAAAAUAAUUUUGGAGGGUGGGCUUAUUGUUGUUGUUGAUGGUGGUGGUGGUGCUGCUGCUAUUGGGGCUAAUGAUGCUCCUCUUACUAUUUUUCAAACAAAAAGCUAUUAUGAUUAUGAUCAUACUAGUUGUACAAAUUUUUCUCCAGAUUUUGCCACAUCUAGCGAAUGUUCUGCAUGCAAAUGUCAAAACUGCAAGGCGAAACAUGAUGGAGUGAUUAAUGCUAUUAAUGCACUAACUGCUUCUGUAAAGGAAAUGGCAUCUAAGAGAGGUGCCAUUCCAUCAAAGAGGAGUUCAUAUCCUUACACUCCACUAAAGAUCAAGGCGGCUAAGAGAAGAAGGAGAGUUACUUUCAAGGCAUUAUUAAGCAUCGAAAAAAGCAAAAUUGCAACGCCUCUGUCUUUGUCUUGAACCGUUGUUCAGUAUGUAAGGGCCAUAGGAGAGCAGCAUGAGCCGGAGAAGGUGGAUGUCAUAGUAAAAGUCACUGCUGAAGAGUUUAAUAUCACAGUUGAUAAUCCAUCAACUGCUUCCAAAGAAGAAAAAGUUGAGCCUGUCAGUUUGGGAGAAUGGAAGAAUUACCUGUUUGAAGGGUUCAACAUCUCAGACGAGGCUCCAAAAAAACUAACACAACGACUAUUCAGAAUGGAUUGCCGAUGGGCUGUUAAAGCAUCAUGCCGACAGGUACAUAAAUCAAUUUUUAAAGAUAUUGGUUUAUACGAUUCAUGUUGUAAGAACGUGAUAUUAACACAUAUAAAUAAUUAUGUAGAAAACAAAAUGACAAAUGCGACAAAGUGAACGAAUUGAGUCUUGGUUUUGA